AGUGCAGUUUUCCUGUUAAGUACUUGGGACAUGUCGAAGUGGAUGAAUCCAGAGGAAUGCAUAUCUGUGAAGAUGCUGUGAAGAGGCUGAAAUCUUGACUUAAUUCACCAUUAUUAUACAAAAUAUUACUUGUUUUAGGCUGCUUUUUUGUAAUGCACUGCAACAUUGUAGUCAUGCAUGAAAUAAUCUGGCUUGCAUCUGCUCAAAGUGGCCUGAAGGCUGCCUAAUUCUGAUAUGUCAUAAGUGGGCUGCUCUUAGUUUGGCUUCUGUGAACGUUUGCUCCUGUAAAUGGCACUCGUUCAAAGCUCUUUGUAGUUCUGUGGCUCAUUUGAAGAGGUCUUGUCAUCUCUUUCCUGAAGUAAUAAUACCACAAAAUCCUGUGGAAAUAGCAAACUCUAGAAAGGCAGGGAUCAGUCUAUCAAGGAACUGAGGCUAUAACAUCAUUGAAAAGAACAGGAGAAAGGACAUAAAAAAUUUGAAUUUUGAAUGGAGAUGGAGAACUGCAAUCCUUGUCAUCAUUUCUCUUACAUGUUUUAGCUAUAUAUUCUUCAGUGUGCCUUCAGUGGAAGAAACUCUUGUAUCCUUGCAGCUCAACAAAAUCACUGGAAGUCCAUCAAACACUUCUACUGCACUUUUGCUAACUUAAAAUAUCUGCUAUUGGAUGUCCCUUUUUUUUCCUCGCCAAAUCUGAGAGCUCAAAUGACUUCCAUCUAGACCUGUUCUUCCCUUCUUUCUAGCACAGAGUGGAAGAUUAUAGGUUAUCUUUUCUGCCUUCUGUUGUGCUGUAAAGUUUCUGAAUUGGUUUAAUGCUCUGAUUAAAAUCAAGUCUUUUCAUUCUUUUCUCUCUCAGCUAAUGUAUAGCAACCUGUUAAAGAUGCAUCCCAUCUGUUCCCAUUCAGUCCACAGUGAUUGGUCAUUGAUUUUUAUUAAAAUGGGCCACACAAAUAUAAAUUAAUUUCUUUGUUCUCUGGAUUUAGUUUAUGUACCUAAAAGUGCAAAUACUGACCGCAUAAUGAAUUGCAUCCGUUUUUGUCCUUUUUUGAUUUUUGUUCUCAGAAUACUUUCUGUUAGCAAACAAAUACCACUGCAGUAUCUACGUUAUGGAACUUCUCUCAUUCUCUUCCCUGGGGAGCUAUGCCGUGAAGUAGCUGUUUUCUAGUUAUAAAAAUCUUACAAGUCCACAAGUCAGUUAAGAGUAGCUAAGCUUAUAAUUAAUGAGACAUAGUAAAAGCAUAGCACCCAAUUUCUUCUAGAAUCUGGAUAAUUCCAGGAUUAUGGUUCUUGAUCACAUUAAUUAUUGAUUCAAAUGUCAGACUUAGAUAUCUAACUUUUACAGUGCAUUCCCUGGAAAUAAAUAGUUUAAUUUCUCUGUUCUGUGCUGUGUCAUUAGUCCACAUUGUCGAUGGUGUGAAUUCUACCCAUUCUCCUGAAUUAAACAUUUUUCUUCAGAUAAUUUUGAUUUUUUUCUGCAGUUUGAAGUUUUUGAUGUCUGUAUAUAAACUGAGCAGAAGCUCACAUCUCUUACAAUUGCUAUUUACAUUGUCUCCUUUGUCAGUGUUGGAAGUUGAAAAGUAGAGGUGAAAUUCACUUUGGGCCCCAAGAGGAAGAUUCAUGUUACUGAAAGUACUUUAUAUGUGCUGUAGUUGCUAGACUCCAUCAGAUCCAAGGUUCAUUUGGAGCUGCUCACUGCAAUUCAAGCCAUGCCCCUCUCCCCAGCAUGUAGUUUUUAAACCAGAGGCAUUUCUUUAGGACACCACUAUCGCUGAAAGCUCUUUUCUGUACAAUAUGCUCUCUUAAUUUAGCAGAAGCCAAACACUGGGUAAUGUUUCAGCAUGCAAGGAAUGUGGUAAGAAAACAGUUUGUUCUUCCGGUAGUCUCUUUCUUUCACACUGCUUAGUUAUUUUAGUGGGCUUCCUCUUGAUUUUGAAAGAAUUACAAGUUUAAGGUGCAGUGCUCUCAUACUGAAAGACUAGCUUAAGGGAAAUUGGACUUCACUUUUUGUAUGCUUAAACUACAUCGAAAUGUAUCUCAGCUACUUCAGUCUUUCUUUUUUUCUCUGCAGCUACCUACAGUAAUAGCGCUCGACUUGUCCCCCCUGUUCCUCCAGGAAAGGAAGUUCUUCAAAGGCUUCUUUGGAAAAUCUGGGAAGAAGGCCGUCAAAGCAGUCCUGUGGGUUUCGGCAGAUGGACUCAGAGUUGUAGACGAGAAAACAAAGGAUCUUAUAGUUGAUCAGACAAUAGAGAAAGUUUCUUUCUGCGCACCAGACAGGAACUUUGACCGGGCGUUCUCAUACAUCUGUCGAGAUGGCACAACGAGACGCUGGAUAUGCCACUGCUUUAUGGCUGUGAAGGACACGGGGGAAAGGUUGAGUCAUGCCGUGGGCUGUGCAUUUGCAGCAUGCCUGGAGCGAAAGCAGAAGCGAGAGAAGGAGUGUGGAGUGACUGCCACCUUUGAUGCCAGCAGAACCACAUUCACUAGAGAGGGGUCAUUCAGGGUCACUACAGCUACUGAACAAGCAGAGAGAGAGGAAAUUAUGAGACAGAUGCCGGAUGCUAAAGCAGUUGAAACAGAAGUGAAAACAGUAGCACCAGGUGCUGCACCAAACAAUACUGCCCCCUCUUCUGGCUCACCAACCUCUCCUACUGCUGAAGUUGCUGCCUCUCUGGAUAAAGAAAUGAGCAAUCCCCACGCUAUCCCACGGAGACAUGCCCCUAUAGAGCAGCUUGCCAGGCAAGGGUCUUUCAGGGGCUUCCCUGCCCUUAGCCAAAAGAUGUCUCCUUUUAAACGCCAGUUGUCUUUGCGAAUAAAUGAGCUGCCUUCAACAGUGCAAAGGAAGACCGAUUUUCCCAUGAAAAACUCAGUCCCUGAGGUAGAAGGGGAAACAGACAGCAUUAGUGCCCUGUGCUCUCAGAUCACCAGUGCUUUCAGCACACCCUCAGAAGACCCUUUCUCUUCGGCCCCCAUGACAAAACCAGUGACAGUAGUCGCACCACAGUCUCCUGCCUUUCAAGUUAAUGGCACUGCCUCUGCCUUCUGUGUGCUUGCUGCUAAACCAUCCCAAGCUGCUGUAGUGUCCACAGCUAUGCCAGUUCGUGAAACCAAUCCUUGGGCUCAUGCUCCUGCUGCUAAUACUGGAGCUGCAGCCGUGGUCACUGGCACUGAAUGGAGCAGCACCUCCUCAGGUGCCGCCUCACCAAGUCUCUUCCAAGGAAAUCACAGACGUACUCCCUCAGAGGCAGACCGCUGGUUGGAAGAGGUCUCAAAGACUGUGAGAGCCCAACAGCAGCCAACCUCAGCCCCAGCCCCACAGCCACUGCUCCAGCCUCCUCCAGCAGCUCCAGCUUCCCAGUCAGCACCAGCCUUCCCAGUCAGCACCUUCAUCGCACCUCAGCCUGUGCCGGUGGGUGUGGUACCGCCCAUGCAGCCAGCAUUUAUUCCAGCUCAGCCCUACGCUGUAGCAAAUGGGAUGACCUAUACAGCCCCAAGCGUCCCUGUGGUUGGAAUCACACCUUCCCAGAUGGUAGCCAACGUCUUUGGUACUGCAAGCCACACUCCAGCAGCCCACCCGCAUCAGUCCCCCAGUCUCGUCAAACAGCAGACGCUCCCGCAGUACGAAAGCAGCAGCAGCGCCACAGCCAGUCCUUUCUUCAACCCCCCCGCGCAGCACAACGGCUCCGCAGCUUUCAACGGAGUCGACGGUGGGAAGUGGGCUGCCGAGGACAAGCAUUCCCAGCCCCCCGUGGCUGCUCCACAGGUAGACGCAUUUGAAGCACAGUGGGCAGCACUAGAGAGCAAGGCAAAACAGCGCACUAAUCCCUCCCCAACUAACCCCUUCUCGAGCGAUUUACAGAAGACAUUUGAGAUUGAACUUUAAGCAGUCCUAUGGGGGAGAUGGAUAAAUUGUACAUUAGGAUAGAGGGAUAAAGGGAGCAAAGGGGACUGUUUCUGAUCAGUUUGCUUUGAUAAUCCCAAAGGUCCCUUAAAACAAAUAUGGGUUAGAAAGAGGGAGCAUUAUGGGGAGGACAUAAACAUACAGAGAAUUUAAUGUGCAGUUCUUAAAAAGAAUCCUGGAGUCACCCCAGUCUGCAUUCCCUCCUCACUUGGAAAGCUGGAAGUUGAAUGGAGGAAAUAAAGGCACCCAGUCCCAAAGCCUGUUCUGCAGAAACAUCAAUCAUCUCACACAGAAAGGAAGGCAGAUUUUUGUACCUGUGUCCUUCUGAUGCCCUGCAAGUCCUGGAUGUUCCCCCUCAGGGAAAAAUGGGGUAGGGUGGGGGGGGUGGAUAUGGAUGGGAUGUUGUCACCUUAGCAAAAGCUAGGUUUGUGGAAAAAGUUGAGCUUCCAUUUUGAGUAACAAAGUGAAUAUUAUAUGUAAAGAAUAAAGUAAAGCCAAAAUCUUUAUUUUUAUGCAUUUAGAAUAUUUUAAAUAGUUGGAUAUUAAAAGCUGUAUGAGUUGUAAGUAAUCUUGCCAAAGGUUAAAAAAAUGGGGGUUGGAUGUAAGAAAUUGUACAUAAGAUUGAUUUAUCUCUGAUUCUUAUUGUAAGUAAUAUUGGGGGGGUGGAAAAAGGGGCUCUAGCUUGUUCUUGUAUCUGUUCAUUGUAAGUAGCAUAUUGCAACAACAAUCACAACCAAUAAGUCAUUAUAUCGUAGUUUUAAACAAAGAAAAUUAAAGAACAGUAUUGUCAUGGUUCGAAAACCAUGGGGAAAACUUACUGUUUUUUAUUGGAAUCAGUCUACAUAUUCUAUAUAGUAUGGUUUUUUCCUUUCAUAUAUUGCUGCAGUUUCUUUGUCUUAAUCUCUUGGUUCUAACACUACUGUGACAACUUACUGUAAUCAUAUCUAUAUCCUGGGACUGCCUGGGAAACCAUUUUAUGUUUGUCUGUCAAUAGUUCUUAGCAGUUUUUAACUUUGGUUUUGUUUUUUCCCACUGAUUUGUGAAACCUUGUGGUUAAGGCUGCAGCUGGUCCAGGUUCUGCCUCUGGUGACUUGUGAAAACCAUCUCAUUUUAACUUUACUUUUAAACUUUGGCCUUACAAGCAAAUGUAAGUUAUAUAUAUUUGUACUGAUGAUUUAUAAUCUGCUUUAACAGAAAUAAAUGUUGGUGGUAGAA